ACGAAUAUUUCAAGACUUUAGUCAGUCUCGUUUUGACGGUUUACGGUGGUGAUCAUUCAUAGUUCUGGUUUAGAUUUCAAUAAUCACAACGCUGUUUUAUCGAAGACUUGUUUUUCGUUUUAUAUAUUUUUUUCUUUAUUUUUUUCAUUUCAUUUAAAAUUUAUUUUUUGUUUUUAUACUACUGUGAUUCAUAAAGCACUUUGUGUUGUAAAAAAAGUGCAAAGACCAUAAAAUUAAAACAAAAAUAAAAAAAAAACUACAACAAAAUAACUGGUUUUUUAUACAAUUUUGAAAAAAGAAAAAUACAAAAGUGCAGAAGAGUUUCAACAGCAACUGAAAGAAGAAGAAAAAAGAAGUGUCUAGAAGUGCGAUUGAAAAAUAUUUUUAUUAAUUUUUUAAAUAUCUAUUAUAAAAAAUUAAUUUUAAAAGAAAUAUAAAAAAAUAAAUAUUAAAAAUUACAAGGUUUAAUUGUGUUUAAAAAGUAAUUGAUGCAGCUCAUGCUUUUUUUAUAGUAAAUUUAAAUAGAAAAUAAUUUGUAAAAUUUUUAAAUUAAUGAAAACUAACAACAGCAAUAACAACAUCAUCAUUACGAUCAGUUAACUUGAACCAAAACCAAUUUAAUAAUAAUUACAAUAAAUUACACUGACAGUGAAGAGAGUACGAGAUCGUGCAAGUGUAUCUGUGUGUGUGUGUGUACGAACAAAACAAAAGAGAGUAUAUCUUGGAAAAAAAUCUAAACCAAUUUUGCUGUAUUAAGACCACAACAGAACACAAAACACCAUGUCACAGCUUAAGUUUUGGAACAAACAGAAUAAUAACAGUAAAACUGAUAAUAGCGAAAAUACAGAAAAUAAAAAUGGCAGCGCCACCAAGGAAGAAACCAAGGGCGGUAAACGUAAUUGGUUGCAUACGCCAGAAGCUUUAAUCAAUGGUCAUGUAGUCUAUCUAGUCAAGUUCUCUGGCAGUCUACCAGUGGAUCAGCCCAAGGGUAUUGAAGUUGUUAAGGACACCAUACGUAAACUUCAAUUUGCCCAACAAAUGAAAAAAGCCGAAACGGGAACUCAAGAAAAAUUCAAAAAAGUUGAAAUCACUAUCAGUGUGGAUGGUGUAGCGGUGCAGGAGCCGAGAACACAGAAAAUCUUACAUCAAUUCCCUUUGCAUAAUAUUUCCUAUUGUGCUGAUGAUAAGGGUGUCAAGAAGUAUUUUAGUUUUAUUGCCAAAACUGUUAAGACAAACAGCGAUAAUAUGACCAAUGGCCGUGGCAGUAGUCCGGAUGGCUCCACGCAAUCAUCGUCAGAAGAAACACAUGAAUGUUUUGUAUUCAUUUCCAAUAAGUUGGCUUCCGAUAUUACACUGACUAUUGGUCAAGCCUUUGAAUUGGCUUUUAGAAAAUACAUUAACACCGCAGAAAAAUCGGAACUAAGCAAAGCUCAACAACAAAUCACAGACUUAGAGAAAAUCAUUACGAUUUAUAAAAAUCGUCUGCGUGAAUUGGCUUUAAAAAUACCCAAAAAUGAAAUGGAUACCUAUUUAUUCCGAGAAGGCAUUAAGGAUAUCGUUGAGGUGCCGGUGUCUACAACACAAAGCGUAACAGCAGGUGAUUCCACCAAUUCGUCUGCUCUAACAAAUGGUACUAAUGGUCUUAGCGACAAUAACAAUGACAGAGCUUUGCUAAUCGAUACUAACUCCUGUAAUACAUCAUCGAAAAUGUCCACAACAUCGUCAGCAUCAUCGACAUCAUUUUUACCCGCUGUACCACCGCGCAACUCAAUGCCAACACAAUUGUUAACGAAAAACAAUAAUCAGAAAAUGGAUGAAUUGUUAUUGAAUUCAGAUUCUGAUAGUGAUUUUGAUCCGCGUGCAGAAGAAUCGAAUACAGAUGGUAAUAGUACCGGCAGUGGUGGUAAAACUAUGACCAAUGAUUUAUUUGGUUUUGAACCCUCAAAAUCCUUUGGACAACAAUUGUUCUACAAUAAUAAUGAUAAUAAAUUUAUUAAUAACAAUAAUACCAGCAUCAUUAGCAAUAAUUCCAAUAACAGUUUUAGUGAAUUGACCAUAACGCCACCUUUAUUGGCUCCACCACCAAAAGUGUCAGCUUCACGCCGUAGCACCUCGGUUACCACACCCACAGCUGCCAUCACUAACAACAACCACAACAUCAUUAGCAAUGGCAAUAUGGCCGAUCUGUUUGGCUCUGACCCCUUUGAUACGGCCGUUACUACAAAUGGCACCAGUAUUUUUCAAAAACAAGUUAGUAAAAUGUCCGUAGAUGAUUUCACUUUGGAAAGUUUGGAUCCCUUAAAGUAAUUGAGUUGUGUUUGAAAUGAAAAUAUUGUUAUUAUUAUUUAAAAUAAAACCCUAUUUCCUCUGCCUCCCCCUCCCCUCAUCUUCUAUGAAACGAAAUUAUAUUUUAAGAUUUAUUUAAAAAAUAAAAAAACCUAAAUGAAUAUGUAAAAAAAAUGCUUUAAACGCUACACUUUUAUAAUAAAAACUAUUACUAUUUAUAUGAAGAGAAAAAUUAUUACUAACUAGGUAAAAGAAAUUAUUGUGAAUUAUGUGAAAAAUGCAUUAUUUUAGGAAAAAACAGUGAGUAAAAGAUAGUAGAAAGUGAAAUGCGGUAGAAUUCCAUUAUGUUUCUAGGAGGAACCAGAAAAAGUUUUUGCCUUAACCUUGAGUAGUAAUCAAAAUGACCCUGCUUUACCCUUUUAAAUACUUCUUAAUUCACUUUGAACAUCUAUGCAUCGAAAUAUUAACUACCGAAUCCGAAUGGAAUGUGUGAAAGGUUUAGCACUUAACUAAUAAUGCCCCAUAAAGGUUUUAAACUAAUUUAUACGGGUUUCUUCCGAUAUGUGGUUAUUACAAUCCUGUUAACAAAAUGGAUUAGAAAUUAAUCGAUCAUUCUUUGAAAUUUAUCAAUUUUUUGACAUAUCACGGGACCAGUUAAUAUCAAAACAAAGACGUUUUACUUGUGCUAUAUAUUCAUGUUUAUAUUGUUUAUAUCUAAGGAAUGUAACUCGCUAAUAAUUUGAAUAUAAUCACCUUUUUCUGAAAAUGGCGUAGUUAUUGUAGGUGAAACUGUUAGAAAGUCUGAUCUUUAAACAUUUUUAAGACCUUCAAAGCUAUAUGAUUAAUUUCACAGGAUCUAAUAACAAGAAACUUUAAAACUAAUUCUGAAAACAUCCAAGACACUCACUGUAAAAAAAAAUUUGUUAAAAUAAAUUCUUUAAAAAAAAACAAUAUUGUGCAUUAUUUGUUAUUAAUUUAAAAACUAAAUAAAUAAAAAUAUGAUGUAAAUAAAAAUUAAAAAAAAAUG